AUGGAAGAUCUCAGCGCCCAUCUUUCCAAGGAGACGGAGUCCAAGCUGCAAAGUUUGUCGAAGAGCUGCGAAGAUCUGCGGCUCGAACUGGCUACUGACAUGCAGCGCAGUGGCACCGCCUGGCGGCAGCUUGAGACGAAGGUGACUGAGCUUGAGACGGCUUUCCGAACCGAGGUACGGGAGAGGAAGGAGCUUCAAACAGAGCUCCGGCGUUCCGUGGAUGCCGAGAUUCUGGCCCGGGAGGAAGCGAUCGCAAUGGAGAAACGAGCGCGGGAAGCCUCGGAUGCCCAGCUUGACGAGGUCUACAAGGUGAACCUUCUCGAAGAGCGCGCCCAGCGCGCGCUUUGCAUCGAGGAUUGCCGGAAAGACCUGGCGACGAUCAAGGGCCGCCUGGCCGAAGAUGGUGCCCGGCGGGACCACGAGGCUGCAGAGCGCCAGUUCGAGCUGCAGAAGAUUGACACGGCCAUGGCCGAGCUUCACCGCGACCGCUCUGCGGAUGUUGCGAGGCUUCGGGAUGCUUUGGACCAGGUCCGCCACGAGGUAGUCGAGGGCAGCCGAUCCUUGAAGGAAGAG